GCGGCCUCGGGAGGUGCCUUCCCCCGGACCCGCUGCCCCACAGGGGCUGCCAGCGCUCCGGCGCAGGAGCCUGUUAGCCGUGGGCGUCCCUGCAGGGCCUGAGGGGCGCUUGGCUGAGUGGGAUCGGGUUGGGGCUGUCGGGGGCCGCCCGCGCACGGCCGAGGCUCGGCUUGGUUGUAGUUAUACGCGUUCCGGUGUUUCAGUUGUCACUGCAGCUGUUACAGAAUGACCUUGCACUGAGCCUUUGUAGGAAAAACGAGACUUAAUCAUUCUUCAAUGUGCAUCAUUCUAUUCAAAUUUGAUCCCCGGCCGGUUUCAAAAAAUGCAUACAGACUUAUUCUAGCAGCUAAUAGAGAUGAAUUUUACAGCAGACCAUCCAAAUCAGCAGGUUUUUGGGACAGCAGCAAUGAAAUCCUUAGUGGUCUGGAUAUGGAGGAGGGAAAAGAAGGUGGGACGUGGCUGGGAAUCAGUAAGAAAGGCAGGAUGGCAGCCCUGACAAACUAUAUGCAGCCAGUGACUGACAAAAAUGCAAAAGGAAGAGGUGCUCUUGUAACGAACUUCUUGACUUCAGAUCUGGACUGUUACUCUUACUUGAAGAAAGUUUCAGUAGAAGGACACCUUUAUAAUGGAUUUAAUUUAAUAGCAGCUGACUUGAAUACCACCAAAGGAGAUGUAAUUUGCUACUAUGGAAACAAAGGAGAACCAGAACCUGUUUUCUUAAAUCCUGGAAUAUAUGGACUGAGUAAUUGUUUGUUGGAUACACCGUGGAAGAAACUUCAGUAUGGGAAACAGCUUUUCACAGAAGUCAUCAACAGAAGUCAAGACCUUGCCAAAGAAGACUUGGUGCAGGAGCUCCUUACAGUGAUGAAUAAUCAAGAGCCUCAAUUACCUGAUCCUGCAAUUGAAGACCAAGGGAAGGAAUACAUUCGUCCUAUAUUGAGCCAGUAUGCAGCUGUGUGUGUUCGUUGCCCACAUUAUGGAACAAGGGCGAACACGGUCCUUCUCCUUGAUUCAGAAGGAAAUGUCACUUUCACAGAGCGCACCAUGAUCAAUGAGGACGUCAGCCAGUGGAAAACAAGCACCUAUGAAUUCAAACUGCACAUGUAACAACUUUCCAUUUGAAUGCAUUGUAAUAAAAGCAAUGAAAGCAAGCUGUUAAGCCCCAGGAAAUGUUUUCUGCCAGCCUCUAGAAGCCAAAAAUAGCAAGAGAAGCAAAAGCUGCUUUAAAUAGGUCGUAUCAAUCGCACAAAUCCUUUGUAUAAAACCAAGUUUCUUACUGUUUUUACAUUAAGUUGCAACUUUAAAAAAAAAAGUUUCUGAGCAUGUGACUUUGUUUUAUCAUCUAAGCUUAAAAAAAUUGUAAAACCCAGUGGAAAGUACCAACAGAAUACUGUGACUUGCAUGUAACUUAUUUUUAUUUCAGCCAGAGCUUGAGAAUAUACGCAGCUUCUUGGAGAAUCUACCUUCAGAAAACUUUCACAAUUUAAAUUUUGUUUAAAAAAGAUAUUUUCAUUUGCACAGGGAAGAAAGGAAGUAGCUCCAGUUCCAUUUCUUUUCACUCAGAUACAACCAUACCGUAUGAUGCCUGAAACCAAUGUCUAGAAGUUAUAGAACGUAAGAUCAGAGGGAUCAUGAGGCCACAUGGCAGAACACCUGCUUCCAGGAUAAGGCUGUCUUUGCCCAACAUGCAAGCCGUUGCUUUUUUCUUUUAAGUAUGUUUUAAAGAAAUAUUAAACUUGCAUUCAAUUCAGAGGAGGAGAAACACUUGCUGCUUUUGUUGUUUUUUUUUUACAGAAGUCUGCUCUCCUUUCAAUAUAUAAUUUUAAGAUUGUAUAGCUGAUGCCAGUGUGCAUUAAAUGAAUGUUUUCUUUGUAGCAUUAAGUGCUUUAGUAAUAUUUAAACUUUUCAGUGUGCUGUGGUGCAUUGUUCUGCCUGAAGAGGAUGGGGAGGGAAGAAUUCUUUGUUCUGUAAAUAGAACAUCAAUAGAUCUUAAAUAGUCACAAAUCUAGUUUUAGAAGUAAGAAAUGAAGUUGUCACUGCUCAGUUUUAUUCAGUAGAAGUUUAGAGUUGUUAAUCUUUGAAAGGAAUAAAAUUAUCUGUACUGUGACAUCUUCUUUCCUGAUUAUCUCACCAGCAAUAUUGUUUUUUUCCUUCCCUGCCGGACAGAUAAGAAAUAAUUAGGCUUGCAAACAGAAACUGAAUAUGAGGUUACACAUUAUAACUUGAGACAACCUUAGUGAUCUGCAUACCUGGCCAUUGUAGUGGAGGUGAAAUUUGUAGUUAUCUAUCUAUAAUUACAAAGAAACUGCUGGAGAAUUCAGAACCACCUUUAGAAUGGAAUAUCUGUUGUAAUGUAACUUGUUUCAACCAUGCUGAAAAGGUCACUCUACAGAAUUCUUUAUGUAAUGUCUUGUUUAAGAGUGUAUAUUUUUAAAAGUGGUUAUAACACGAGGUAUGGGAGGGGAACAAAAACCCAGCAAAUAGGACUGUGAAGUUGAAGGAUCCUUGACAGUGUUCUCAAUGGAGGCAGCAGGAUUAACAGGCAAGUAAAAAAGAAUAACCACCGUAUUCUGAGUAGCAUUGAUAAAAUGCCACUACUUUCAGCAUGUAUUUUGUUUCCAUCUCAUUCUGUGAUUGAUACUUAGUAAAGACGAAGAAUAUAAGUAGAAUUAUCACUGUACUUACUAGAAUUUUGCUUUGUUUGCUUUAUUAAAUACAUAUGUCUUCCAGGAAAACCUUGAUUUUAUAUUCAAGCAUUAUAAAAGUCCAUGUGAAGCUCUGAUCUCUCUCCUGAAGAGUUUAAGCUGGAAGUGGCAUUCACUGAUGUUGUAUAUUGUAGUUUUUGUUUCUUUUUAAAGAAAAGCCUUGGACGUGGAUUUAAAAUCUUCCACUGAGGAUGUGAUUUUGAACUUCAUUAAAUUAUUUUGGAUAGCAUAAAAUAAUUGUUAUGAAAAUAAUUCAUGCAAUAUACAUGGUUGUCUCAUAAAAUUAAUACAAAAUGUAAUGAUACUGUGUACUUGGUCUCUGGAGUUAUGACUCUAUAACUGACUUACAAAAUACUUCAAGCAAAUAUAUAAACUGGCCUUUAAGUGAGCUCUUAAAAGCAUUUUAGUCCUUAUUUAAUAUAAUCUGAAUUGAUGGGACUUCAGCAUACGUUUGAUAAUCAGUAUAUUCUUAAAUAUUAGUAAAAUUACCAGUAAAAUGUUCUGGACCUACUUUAUGAGACCUUAUUUUUGAGCUUGUUCUUUGUGCCCUCUGAGGAAGGCAGUGCAUGCUGAUAGCAGUAAGGUGCUUUACAAGCCUGUCCUCUAGUGACAGAGGAAGUGUAUUCCAUGGGUAUCUCAUCUGACAUUUCAGCCCUGACAGGCACGAAGCCAGCAGUAGUCAGUAACUUAUCAGACGGUGUAAACACAUUGAUUGCUUCUGUUCGGUGGAGAAAACCAGAUCACUUUUCAGGUGUUAAUUAAGAUAGAUUAAAUAAUAAGCUGAGAAUAUGUGGAGCCAAUAGUGUCACUUUGUGUAGUACAACAUUAUAAUUGGUAUUCUAUAACUGAGGCUUUUACCUCUCCUUAUGAGAAUGUGCUCUUCCAACAAAAAAAUUAGUGGGAGAGAAAGCUUUUCUCUUGGUAUACUAGCUCAGUUGUGAGUGGCUGUUGGAAAUAACCAUGGAGCCAAGGUCUUAGCCAAGUGCAUUUAUCUGUGUCCUGAUUGUCCCAUCUCAUUUGAGUGCCUUCCAUUUGGAAGGGAACUAACUGUCCUUUCAGCUGGAGAUGGACUACAUCAGCACCUCAGUUUGGAUUAGUAGUGCACUUCUUACAUGCUUUUUCUGGUAGUCCUUAUUGACUGAACUGUGUAUUGCAGGACAACCUCAGAUCACAGGGACUAGACUGUUUUCAGAUGAAGUGGAACUGGAAAGGGCAUAUCUAUUUUAGUUAUAUUCUGUAGUAAUUAUCCACCUCUUUUCUCAUUAGAGGACUAUUGAAGCUUACUCAAGAAGCCCCCUUGACAUCUUUCCAUGGCUGUCAUGUGAUGAUUGAUAGAGGUUAGAUUAAGGAAUUCAGCUUUCAGCAGAAGUUGAGACAAAAAUAUAUAGUGCAAACAGAUAUCGUUUGGGUUUUUUCCCCUCUCACCAAAUUCUGUCUUAUCUAAUGUGUAUUGGCACUUCCUAUUUUCCUGUAUGACAUUUGCUGUCUCCAUCUUAAGCUAAUGGAUUUAUGUUUUUGCAGGAAAUGGGACACCUUAUCUUAAAACUUGGAGAAAAUCCCAGUCCUGGUUGAUGUCACCUCUUCAGUUUUAAGAAUGUAACUCAGAGCUCAGAUUGCUCAUGUAGGUACCUGUUAAUGUAUUCCAAGUGGGAGUCUUACCUACUUCUCUGAGCACUGCAGAACCUGUUUCUCUCUUUAUGGGCAAACUAAAUUAGAUGUCUGAAGUUAGACAAUGUGAACCUUCUGAAGAUUUUUAGAUGAAGUCUGCACUGUUUCCUUUGGGGGCUGGAUGCUUGAUUUGGCACAGACUGUAUUCAGACCAGAUCCAAACUAGAAAUAAAAAUCAACUGCGUUAGUAUAGAUGCCUUCGUGGCACAUAAAUUAUUCCUCAAAUUCAUCCUUGGAGCCCAAGAGAAAUCUAAGUGAACUCAGUGCAAAGAAUCCUAUUACGUACUGAUUUAUUACAAAUUGUCUCCAGUACAAGUGUAUGUAUAGUAAAUCUUAAACAAUCUUUGAGUUCAUACACUUGUACAAAAAUAAUUUCACAUGAAUUAAUUAUUUUGGAUUGUUGAUUAUAUUUUUAAUUCCAUUAUAUUUAACUGUCUGUGUUUGAGAGCUGUUGCAGGCUUCCCAUUUAUGUAGCUGCAGUAGAGAAGGCUCAGUCAUUUGUACUCUGGCCCAGUGUGUCCAGGUGCCAGGGAAACGGUUUGCAUGGAAGCAUCUCCAUGCUGAAGUUCAAAGGUUAAUUUGUACAGAGCUGCAGGUAGUCUUGAACUGACUUGCUUCCCCUUCACUGUCCAAUGUAGCUGAAAUGUGAAUACUGUAUACAGUCACCUGAGUAGCGCACAGAUUAAAAGAUAACACUUAGUAACAUCUUAAUAUCAUAACUUAUAUUGUUACUUAUAUAUCUUAUGUUUUUUAAAGAGCUCCAGAUCUUUGAGUGCAAAACGGCAUGCUGUAGGCUGUAGCUAGAGUGACUCAGCUCCAUUAAUCUGGUUAUUAUAGUUUCCAUCUGCUUAAAAAUACAUAUUGUAAAAUACCCACAUCUGUUUUAUACCUUAAAACUAUUUUAUGCCUCAAUGAUUAUUGUUUAAAGUAUGUUUUAAAGAUAAGCCAUACUAAUUUUUAUAUAAUGAAAGUCUUUGGAAAGUAAAUACCCUUUUUAUUAAAAUUAAUGUAGGCUGAGUUAAAAAUUCUCUUAUGGUAAAUUUAACUGUUGGAACAGCAGCGUAUGUGCUGCAGUUACUGACAUUCAUUCAGAGAAUGGGACAUUGACUCCACCUAACUUUCACUGCAAUGAGUGCAGCCUAUUAACUUUUUAGGAAGCCAGUAGUAAUUUUCAUUAUAGGCUUGUUUUCAGUAUUUUGCAUUGACAGCAAUUGUCCCGUCUGAUCAGGACUGAAAUCUCCCUUAGGCAGUUCAGUCAUUCCAGAGAAGCAAGAGGUUGGCAUGUUUCAGUUGCUUCUGAUGUGCAGAGAAUUGAAGUUGGAAACCUAAGUGUGUAUGGAUGACCUGCAUGAGCGUGCUGUACUUGACAGGGAUUCUUCUGUUACUCCCAGCAGUGGGUGGAUGGGCUGUAAGAAGUCAGCAAGCAGGCUUUGUACAGGCAGAGACCAACCUUUCUGUAAGCAAUAAGUUUCUCCACUUUGCCUCUGGAAGUAUUGGAAUUGCAGAAGUGUUGGCAGAAACAACGCGGCUUCUCUUAAAACAGCUUCACUAUUAACUGUUUUUUUUAUUGUUUUAGUCUUUUAAAGACAUGUUUGAGAUAACUCAGAAAGCUUAUGACCUGUUAAAAUCAUGGAUAAAAUUUUAACAUUGUUGUUUUGAUGAAAUCAUUGUUUUGCUACUGGGUUGUUAAACUUUCACUUAUGAAUGAGGUACAGUUCCUUGUAUUAGCAGUGUCUCAAAGCAUCAGCUGUUGCUUUUUUGCUGUAAUUCAGUGUUAGGAUUCUCUGAAAACAGAUGCACAAUGGAAACUAACAUAGCAGUUGUUUUUUGACUUUCAAACCAAUAAAUGCAUUUUAAUUCUUC